AAAUGAAACAGACAGAGGGACUCAGAAGGCGAGAGUAAUUUCUAGGGCUUGGCCAAAGGGGGGAUCACGAAACUCUCCAUUCUGUACCGGGAGCCGACAAAGAUUAAGAGGAAUAUAGAAGUCGACUCUAUCCCAAAGGAUCACAGCGUUAAACUGUACCCACAUCCAGAAUCAAAGAAAAUCUAACCAGACAUGGAGGAUAUUGUUAUAGCUGGAAUUUCAGGUCGCCUUCCUGAGUCUAACAAUUUGGAAGAAUUUUGGCUGAACCUUUUCAAUGGAGUGGAUAUGGUCACAGAAGAUGACAGGCGGUGGAAACCAGGUCUGUAUGGCCUUCCCCGGAGAAAUGGAAAACUAAAAGAAAUCGAUAGAUUUGAUGCAGCCUUCUUUGGUGUGCAUCCCAAACAGGCACACACCAUGGACCCACAGCUGAGGCUUAUGCUAGAGAUAUCGUACGAGGCCAUCGUCGAUGGAGGCAUUAACCCAGUGUCCAUGCGUGGCAGCAAAACUGGCGUCUACAUUGGAGUAAGUGGCUCAGAGGCAGGAGAGGCCUUCAGUAAAGACCCAGAGGAGCUGCUGGGAUACAGCAUGACAGGAUGCCAGCGGGCCAUGUUUGCCAACCGCUUGUCUUAUUUCUUUGAUUUCAAUGGUCCCAGUACAGCCAUUGACACAGCGUGCUCCUCUAGUCUGCUGGCUCUGGAGAACGCCUUCAAUGCUAUUCGCCACGGCCAAUGUGAUGCAGCACUUGUGGGCGGAGUCAACCUGCUGCUCAAGCCCAACACCUCAGUGCAGUUCAUGAAACUGGGCAUGCUCAGUCCUGAAGGAGCAUGCAAGUCAUUUGAUGCCUCAGGAAAUGGCUAUUGUCGCUCAGAGGCUGCUGUUGCAGUACUCUUGACAAAGAAGUCAAUGGCCAAGAGAAUCUACUCCACAGUUCUCAAUGCUGGCAAUAACACCGACGGCUACAAAGAGCAAGGGGUGACAUUCCCAUCAGGUGAGAUGCAGCAGCGCCUGGUCCGUUCCCUUUACCAGGAUGCCAACAUAACACCUGAGCAGGUGGAGUACAUCGAGGCCCACGGCACUGGUACUAAGGUUGGGGAUCCUCAGGAAGUGAAUGGCAUUGUGAGUGUAUUCUGUCAGUCACAGAGGGAUCCUCUUCUGAUUGGCUCAACCAAAUCUAACAUGGGACACCCAGAGCCUGCAUCUGGAUUGGCGGCUCUUGCCAAGGUGGUUUUGUCUCUGGAACAUGGCGUCUGGGCUCCCAACAUCCAUUUCCAUGAUCCAAACCCUGACAUUCCUGCUCUGACGGACGGCCGGGCGCACGUGGUGUCAGAGCCCAUACCUGUCCGCGGGGGCAUCGUGGGCAUCAACUCAUUUGGCUUCGGAGGCUCAAAUGUCCAUGUUAUCCUGCGUCCACAUGGUUCAAAAUCACUGGCUCAGGCUGCACAACCUUCAGUCCCCAGACUUCUGCAGGCCUCCGGUCGCACUGAGGAGGCAGUCACUUCCCUUCUCAACAAUGCCCAGCAACAUAAAGAUAACCCAAGCUACCUGUCUCUUCUGAAUGAUGUGUCUGGAGUUCCAACGGCAGGCAUGCCGUACAGGGGCUAUGCACUGAUUGGAGCACAGGGAGAGCUUACAGAAGUUGAACAAGCCCAGCCCACACCCAGACCCCUCUGGUACAUUUGCUCAGGUAUGGGCACACAGUGGGCUGGAAUGGGCCGUAGCCUGAUGCAGCUGCCUGAGUUCCGGGAGUCGAUCCAGCGUUCGGACAUGGCUCUGAAGGACACUGGGUUGUGUGUGUCUCGCUUGCUCAUGGACGCUGAUGAGAGCACUUUUGAAGACACUGUCCACGCAUUUGUUGGUCUUGCAGCCAUCCAGGUCGCCCAGAUUGACAUGUUGCAGAAGAUGGGUCUUCAGCCUGAUGGGAUCGUGGGCCACUCUGUAGGAGAGCUAGCGUGUGGUUACGCCGAUGGCUCCCUGAGCCACAGCGAGGCCAUUCUGGCUGCUUACUGGAGAGGACGCUGUAUUAAAGAGGCCAACCUGCCCCCGGGGGGCAUGGCUGCAGUGGGCCUAACGUGGGAAGAAUGCAAAGCUCAGUGUCCACAGGGUGUCGUUCCUGCUUGUCACAAUGCUGAGGAUACAGUGACCAUCUCAGGCCCUCAGGACUCUGUCAGCAAGUUUGUUGCCCAGCUGAAAGAGAGCGGUGUGUUUGCCAAAGAAGUGCGCAGUGCCGGUGUGGCUUUCCACUCCUAUUAUAUGGCCUCUAUUGCUCCAGCCCUUCUGUGUGCACUGCAGAAUGUAAUAAAAAGCCCAAGGCCUCGUUCAGCACGCUGGAUCAGCACGUCCAUCCCGCAGACAGACUGGGAGAGCCCACUAGCGCUCUACUCAUCUGCAGAGUACCACGUCAAUAACUUGGUCAGCCCUGUGCUCUUUCAGGAGGGACUGAGCUUUGUGCCGGAUAAUGCUGUGGUAGUAGAAAUUGCCCCACAUGCUUUACUGCAGGCCAUCCUGAAGCGGAGCCUAAAACCCACCUGCUCCAUCCUCCCCCUAGUGAAAAGAGGACACACCAACAAUCUGGAGUUCUUCCUCUCUCAUGUGGGCAAAAUCUACAUGAAUGGAAUUAAUGUGGACAGUAAUAAAUUGUACCCAACUGUUGAAUACCCUGUUCCGACCGGGACCCCACUCAUCUCCCCUCACAUUCAGUGGGAUCAUUCCCAGGUCUGGGAUGUGCCCAAGGUAGAGGACUUCCCUGCUGGCUCAGGGGGAUCCACCUCAGCCACUGUGUACAAUAUCGACAUGAACCCAGAGUCUCCUGAUUACUACAUGAUUGGACAUUGCAUUGAUGGUCGGGUGCUGUACCCAGCCACAGGAUACCUGGUUCUGGCCUGGAGGACUCUGAUGAGAUCUCUGGGUGCAGUCAUGGAGCAUACACCUGUUAUAUUUGAAGACGUCACCAUCCACAGAGCCACCAUCCUCCCCAAGACAGGGUCUGUCCAGCUGGAGGUGCGACUAAUGCCCGCCACUAACCGUUUUGAGGUGUCAGAGAAUGGAAAUCUGGCUGUCAGUGGUAAGGUGAGUGUCUUGGAGGAUGCUGGACUUGAUGCUUUCCAUGCUGAGUUGAAUAAACCAAUGGCUAUAGACAAGGAAGAUCCUAAACUGCUUUUGAAAUCUGGGGACAUCUACAAAGAGCUGCGUCUGCGCGGAUAUGACUACGGAAAGACCUUCCAAGGAAUCCUGGAGUCUAACAAUCCUGGUGACUAUGGAAAGCUUCACUGGACAGGUAACUGGGUGACAUUUUUAGACACCAUGCUGCAGAUGAUCGUAGUGGGGCUGUCUGGUCGCAGCUUGAGACUGCCUACUCGCAUCCGCUCUGUGUGUGUGGACCCCAGACUUCAUGAGGAGAGGGUAAACGAGUAUGCAGAUGACCAGAAAGCUGUGGAUGUUCAUGUUAACCGCUGCCUGGACAACAUAACAGCUGGAGGAGUUCAGAUCUGUGGGCUUCAUGCUACCGUAGCACCCCGUCGCCAACAGCAGCAGACUCCACCCACUUUAGAGGAGUUUGCCUUUGUUCCCUAUGUGGACUCAGAUUGCCUGAGAACCAGUGAGAAACUUGGAGACCAACUGAGGCAUUGCAAAGGUCUAGUACAGCAUCUGCAGAGGAAGCUGGCCAAUCAGGGAGUGAAGAUCUCCAUCCCUGGGCUAGAAGGUGCAACAGAGAGCCAGCUGAUUGGAGCAGAGGCAGAGAAAGGCCUGUUGCGGUUGCUCUCUGUGCUGUGCGGACUGGAGCUGAACGGAAACCUGCGCUCUGAGCUGGAACAGACGGUGGAGAAGGAGAGAGAUUGUCUGCUGCAGGACCCUCUGCUCAACGGCCUGCUAGACUCCCAGGCGUUACGUCACUGCUUGGACACGGCCCUUGAGAACAGCACUCCUGGAAAACUCAAAGUUGUGGAGGCUCUAGCCGCCGACGGUCAUGUGUUUUCUCGGGCUGUUGGUCUCCUCAAUAUCCAGCCAAUGUUGCGUCUUGACUACACGGCGUCAGAUGUCUCCAUUGACCAGCUUUCUGCUCACCAGAGCUCCCUGGAAGAGCAGGGCAUCUCAACUGCUCAGUGGGACCCUCUUCAGGGCCCAGCAACGGGCGGUCUGGAUGGGGCUGACCUGGUUGUGUGUAACUGUGCGACAGGGCACACGGCCAACCCUGCACUUCUGAUAGAGAACCUGACUUCAGCUGCGAGGGAAGGCGGUUUUGUUUUGCUUCACACCCUACUGAGAGGAGACACACUGGGAGAGACGGUAGCCUUCCUCACAUCUCAAAACAACCAGGAGGGUUUGUUGACACAGACUGAAUGGGAGGAGCUCUUUCAAAAGGCCUCUUUAAAUGUGGUCAUGCUGAGAAAGUCCUUCUACGGCUCUGCUCUCUUCCUCUGCCAUCAGCGCCAACAGUCCCCUCAGGAUCAACCGAUCCUUAUUUUUGUGGACCCUACUGACUAUAAAUGGGUGGAGACUCUAAAGAGCACUUUAGCUGAGUCAUCUGAUAUCCCAGUCUGGCUCAUUGCCACUAAGGGUCAUAAUGGAGUGGUGGGAAUGGUGAACUGCCUCAGACAGGAGCCCGGAGGCAACCGUAUACGGUGUGCAUUUGUUUCUAAUCUAAGUAAGGAUGCUGAAGUCCCCUCACUUGUUCCUACCAAAAAGGAAAUGAAGGCAUUACUAAAGAAGGAUCUGGUCAUGAACGUGUACCGUGAUGGACAGUGGGGUGUUUUUAGACACCAGUUGUUAACAAAAGAUCUUAGCGAGGAGUUGACAGAGCAGGCCUACGUCAAUGUCCUGACUCGCGGUGAUCUUUCAUCGCUGAGAUGGAUCGCUUCCCCGCUGCGUCAUUUUAUCCCAUCCAAUCCCAACGUGCAGCUCUGCCGUGUUUACUACUCCUCCCUCAACUUCAGAGACAUCAUGCUGGCCACUGGCAAACUGCCUCCAGAUGCCAUCCCUGGAGACAUAGCGCUGCAGCAAUGCAUGCUGGGAAUGGAGUUUUCAGGGCGAGACCCCAGUGGACGACGUGUAAUGGGUUUGCUGCCAGCGAAAGGUCUAGCCACCUGUGUGGACGCAGACAAGCACUUCCUUUGGGAUGUUCCAUCUAGCUGGACGCUGGAGCAGGCCGCCUCUGUUCCAGUGGUGUACGCCACCGCAUAUUAUUCGCUAGUGGUGCGAGGGCGUCUGAGGCCUGGAGAAAGUGUGCUGAUCCAUUCAGGCUCUGGAGGGGUGGGACAGGCCGCUAUUGCUAUUGCACUUAGUAUGCGCUGCCGAGUCUUCACAACUGUCGGUUCUGGAGAGAAGAAGGCGUACCUGCAGGAAAGAUUCCCACAGCUUACAGCGGAAUCUUUCGCUAAUUCUAGAGACACCUCAUUUGAACCGCAUGUAAUGCUCCAGACUCAAGGCAAAGGAGUUGAUUUGGUACUAAACUCCCUAGCUGAAGAGAAGCUGCAGGCCAGCUUGCGUUGUUUGGCCAGACAUGGGCGUUUCCUGGAGAUCGGCAAAUAUGACCUUUCUAACAACACACCACUAGGUAUGGCUCUGUUCCUAAAGAACGUGGCCUUCCACGGCAUACUGCUGGAUGCUUUGUUUGAGGAGGGGAACAGGGAAUGGGAGGAGGUAUCUGAGCUUCUGAAGAAGGGAAUCGCUAGUGGUGUCGUUCAGCCAUUACGUACCACUGUCUUUGAGAGGAACCAGGUGGAGGAUGCCUUCCGCUACAUGGCUCAGGGCAAACACAUCGGCAAAGUCCUGCUGCAGGUACGUUCAGAGGAGACGAGCAGCACUGUUCCUGCAGCCUCUGCUCUUUCUAUUCCCGCUAUCUGCCGUACCUUCUUCCCUGCCUCUCUCUCAUACAUCAUCACGGGAGGUCUGGGUGGUUUCGGCUUGGAGUUGGCCCAAUGGCUCACUGAGAGAGGUGCUCGUAAACUGGUGCUGACAUCACGUUCUGGCAUCCGCAAUGGUUAUCAAGCCAAGCGUGUUCGGGAGUGGCAGGCCAUGGGCAUCCAGGUCCUCGUGUCCACUAGUGAUGUCAGCUCAAUGGCAGGGACGAAGCGUCUCAUCAGUGAGGCCUGCCGCUUGGGUCAAGUUGGUGGCAUCUUCCACCUUGCCAUGGUCCUCAAAGAUGGCAUGCUGGAGAAUCUGACCCCACAGCACUUCAUUGACGUCAACAAACCCAAAUACGGUGGAACCAUCCAUCUAGACAGCGUGACUAGGCAGAAGUGCCCAGAGCUUCAGCACUUUGUGGUGUUCUCCUCAGUCAGCUGCGGCCGAGGUAACGCUGGCCAGAGCAACUAUGGCUUCGCCAACUCCACCAUGGAGCGAGUGUGCGAGCAGCGCCGACACGACAACCUGCCGGGCCUGGCCAUACAGUGGGGCGCCAUUGGAGAUGUGGGUGUCAUUUUGGAGACCAUGGGUGGCAAUGACGCUGUAAUUGGUGGCACGUUGCCGCAGCGCAUGUCUUCCUGUUUGGAAGUACUGGAUAGGUUCCUGUGUCAGCAGCGGCCUGUAAUGUCCAGCUUUGUGUUGGCGGAGAAAGUGGUAGUCGCUAAAGGAGAAGGAAGCGGACAGAGGGACCUGCUGGAGGCUGUGGCUCAUAUUCUGGGUGUGCGUGACGUGAGCAGUCUGAAUGCUGACACCUCAUUGGCUGAUCUGGGUCUCGAUUCGCUGAUGGGUGUUGAGGUUAAGCAGACACUGGAGAGGGACUAUGACAUUGUAAUGGCAAUGAGGGAAAUCCGACAGCUAACCAUUAAUAAGCUACGGGACCUUUCCAGCCAAUCAGGAGGAAAAGAGGAGUCCCGAGCUGCUCCUGCAAAGCGAUCUGGUGCUCAAGCUCUGCUGGAGUCAGAUCUGAGCCGGAUGCUGGUGAACCCAGACAGCCCCACGGUGGCCCCACUGAACGAGGUCCAGAGUGCCGAAAGGCCCUUAUUCCUCGUUCACCCCAUUGAGGGCUCUGUGUGUGUGUUCCUGUUAUAUAUUUUUCUGUUUUAUGUGUUUUGUCCAUCUGUAGCCGCUCCUCUAGACAGUAUCCAGAAUCUUGCUGCUUACUACAUGGAGUGCGUGAGGCAGGUGCAGCCAGAGGGGCCGUAUCGCUUCGCUGGCUACUCGUUCGGUGCUUGUGUGGCUUUUGAGAUGUGCUCACAGCUGCAGGCAGCCAAAUGCCCUGUGGAAUACCUCUUCCUGUUUGACGGCUCACACUCUUAUGUGGCAGCUUAUACACAGAGUUACAGAGCCAAACUGACCCCUGGCAAAGAGUCCGAGGCCGAGACUGAAGCUCUGUGUGCUUUUAUCCAACAGUUCAGUGGCAUUGAGUACAACAAGCUGUUGGAGACAUUGUUACCUCUGUCAGACCUGGAGGCCCGUGUGAACAAGGCUGUUGAUCUGAUCACAUCCAGCCAUAAGAAUGUCAGCCGAGAUAUGCUCCAUUUUGCUGCUACUACAUUUUACCACAAACUGAAGGCCGCCGACCGCUAUGUUCCAGCUUCCAAGUAUCACGGCAAUGUCACCCUUUGCAAAGGCAUCGUUUUAAAUUUUCAAAACGUUAAAGUGUGUGAUGGGAAGGUGUCAGUUCAUGUGAUCGAGGGAGAUCACCGGACCUUCCUAGAGGGCGAGGGAGUGGAGUCCAUCUCAGGCAUCAUCCACAGCUCACUGGCUGAACCCAGAGUCAGCACCAGAGAGGGCUGAACCUUCCCGGUCUUUUUUCACCCUUACUCUGUUGCUUUCACCUGACAAACCAAAACUGUGUCCCGGCGUAUUAAAGCAUGCACGUUUGUCAUCUGUUCAUACCUCUCACCCACGCAACAGCCUUUUCCUUCUCAUCUUUCUCAUUCUCUACAAAUCUCAAUUGCUCAUCACCCUUUACUUCUUUAUCCCACGCUGGGAACAAAAACGCAUGUCUGUUUAUUUGCUUUAUCGGUUAAGAUUCAAUCAGCUGUUCAUUGUCUUCUAUAAAUCAUCAUAUGUUACUGUGAAAACUAAAAUGUCACUGGUUUCUAGCAUGAGAGCAUAGAGCUGUAGUGAUCACUGACACUGUCUAACCUGCAUAAUAAGUCUGCUAAAGGUUUCGUCAAUCCAACCUAAUGAUGCGGACUGCAAGUCAAGGUCACUUCACUGUAUUCAAAUCCACAUAUUAGCUGUUGGGAUUCUAGUUACGCACAUAGCUGAGAUUGUUGUUUACCAGUUGUGAGCGGUUACUGAUGCUUUAGCAGUACUAGUUCAAAUCGCUUAUGUUUACUGUAGCGUUGUUCUUCUUUUCUGAAUGAUAUACGCUGGUUCUCUUGUUGUUGCUGAACAUCUAAACUUAUUCUGAAAUAACUGUGCAAUUGAUGUUUAUUUAAAAGGGAAGAUAUGUAUGAAAAAGAACAUUCCUGGAUGAGAGCAACCAUUAAGAGAGCUGGUUAAUUGACUAGUUAAUUUUGAAGUUAGAGGAGUUAAUUAUAAAAUAUCUGUUGCUUUAAAAAUAUAUUGCACAAGCUUAAAGCAAAAUGCAAAUCUGACACCGAUGUGAAAUGCUCGGCAAUCCAGAGUGAUUCAUCUCGGCUCGUACUGUAAUGAUGCUUCGCUGCUUAACUGUAGACCAAUAACUGGAGUAUUAAUAUUGUAUUGACGUUUCUAAUCCUCUUUUUGAGGAUAGUACCAACAUUCCGGGUGUCUCUCAGAUGUAUAUGUUCUCCCAAAAUGCUCUGUAAUUGAUUGACUGCUUUAAUACUUCAGAUGUUAGUUGUAGUAAAUUCUUGUGACCAGGUCCACAUUAAACACAAGCUCAGUUCAUAGUGCAAAUCACAUCAUAUUUUAGUCAGAAUGAAGUGUUAUUUGGUGUAGGAUGUAUGAACGUUUUCAUGGCAGUGACGUGAUUACGGACUUUCUCUUUCUGUCACAACAGAGGAAAAUCUUCUGUUUGAAAGCAAAUCACUACACAUUUCUGAGACUAAUUGUUUAAGUCAGUGACGAAUUGUGAUUUCUUUCAAUGUUUAGAGCAAAGCUAGAGAGUUCAUUUUUCUAUUAUUGAAAUGUUUUUUUUCUUGUGGUGUAAUUUUUCCAGUAUUUAUUGUACUAGUCCAAAUAAAAAGCUAUUACUAACAUACA